UUAGGUUCGCGGCCUCGAACAUAUAAAAAUAUAAACAGUUUAUUUCCACGUUAUUUGGAACGCCUGACAAUUAUAAAACAUAUUGCAGUGCGUUCAUUUGAGGUACCAUGGACGAGUGCAUCACACUGACACUAGUUAAAAUUGAACCAAAACAGGAAGAAGAAACAAGUUUGUCUCUUGAACAACAAAUUUAUGUAAAAAAUGAUGUUUUACCAGUCAAAGUGGAACACAUUGCAGAGGAUUGUAGUGAUGAGUACAAUACUCAAGAAGUACUGCAGCAACAAAGUGAUGGUUGCACAAAUUUUCAAAAGCACCACAAAGACUUUGUAUGCGACAUUUGUAAUUUUGCCACAAACUCUAAAUACACUUUGACGGCACAUAUGGUAUCACACAAAGCUUCUAAAGAUUUUAAAUGUGAAAUUUGUGAUUAUGCCGCGAGACGAAAAGACGCCUUGAAAAAACAUCUCUUAAGGCACAAUGUUCAUAAAGAUUAUAAAUGUGACAUUUGUAAUUAUGCCACAGUCCAUAAAUACUAUUUGAAACGACAUCUUUUAAAACACAACGCUUCUGAAAAACAUUUUAAAUGUUACACUUGUAAUUAUGCCACAAAUCAUAAACCUGAUUUGAAUCAACAUCUUGCAACACACACCGAUUUCCAAUGUUACAGUUGUGAUUAUACCACAAAACUGAAAAAGAGCCUACGACAACAUGUCUUUACGCACAAAGUCUCUAUGCAAUUUAAAUGUGACUGUUGUGAUUAUGCAACAAAUUUCAUCUCGAAAUUUAAACAGCACGUCUCAUCUCACAAAGCUUCUAAAGAUUUUAAAUGCGGAAUUUGCGAUUAUGCCGCAAGACGGAAAGACACUUUGAAACAGCAUCUAUUAACACACCAGCAUUUUAAAGAUCGAGUUAGAGACUUUAAAUGCGGCUUUUGUGAGUACGCAACGCACAUUAAGCACAAUUUGAAACGACAUCUUGAAAAAAUACAUCGUCUCAACAGUUUCACAAACUGGUAUUUGAUUAUCAAUGUCCAAGGGCUCGCUACUAAGUGACGUCUUAUAAAUUUAAGGGAAGAUUUAACUGUUGGGAGGAUCGUUGCUGCUGAAUUUUAACAAUAGAUAAGAACAACAAAAAUUUGUAGUCCCCUAAAGCUUGAAAUAAAUGUUUCGACAAAAA